AUGAAUACCGAUAAUGAUAACAAUCCAACCAGCAAUGCAAGCAAUAAUGCAGGUAAUACGGCUAAUAAUGCAGUCAAUUCAAGUAAUAAUUCUGCUAUUAAUUUAAAUAAUUUAAAGCAGCAGCGAUCAACAGUGAAAAGGAACAUGACCUCGAUUCGAUCUAAAAUAGAGAAGGAGAAGGACGAAGUAGAUCCAACAAUUCUGGAAUGUCGACUACAAAUUCUAGAAUCUCAUUUCAAACAAUUAUGCCAUAUUCAAUCACAAAUCGAACAAUUAAAUCCAGAAGACAAUGCCAGAGCUGAUUUUGAAGAGCUAUUUGUUGUUUCAAAGGCGAAAAUACUUAAUUUGCUUAAAGAAACUCGAAGUAAUACUUCAUUUGAAAACAGUGUGAUGAAUACAACAUCCAAUUUCAGUGUUGCCCACAAUUCUCGUUUACCAUUUUUAAAAUUGCCAAAAUUUGACGGAAAAUAUGCCAACUACAAUCGAUUUAUCGCAGCAUUUAAGCAUUUGGUGCACAAUGACCCAACCUUAUCUGAUGUCGAUAAAUUCAAUUAUUUAUUAUCAUGUCUUACAGGCCCUGCACUUGCAGUCAUCGAAGCCUUUCAAAUUACAGCAGAAAAUUAUCCAAAGGCUAUGGCACGAUUGAAAGAACGUUUCGAUAAUAAGGUAUUAAUAUUCUUAGACCACAUUACUGAACUCUUUAAUAUUCCAGGAAUGAUUAAAGCUGAUCCGGCUUCUCUACGUAAACUAAUUGAUACUGUUGCAGCAUUAAGAUCAUCGUUGCUUUCAUUGGGCUCAGAAGUAGAAGUUAUGAAUGCUAUUAUAAUUUAUAUAGUCCUAAGUAAAGUUGAUGCAGAAACAAAAUUUGCACAUGACGAAAAGCAAGAAUUUGAAAAAAUGCCUUCUUGGGACGAAUGUUAUAAGAUGUUAAGUCGGCGUUGUCAAUUUCUUGAAGGACGAGCUACGUCCAUUAACGCUUCCGAAAAUAAAUCACGAAAUAAUUUUAAUACUGUACCAAGAAGAAUAUUACAAACGCAUCUCAGUGUCAAAUCUGGUUGUGAAUUUUGCAAGGCAGCUGGCCACUUUUUAGGAAAAUGCCCUUCGUUUUUAGCAACGCCAGUUUCUCAGCGCUUUGACUUUGUUAAGAAAGCAGGCUGCUGCAUAAAUUGUUUGACAAAAGGGCACUCCGUUACAAAAUGUAAAUCCGAAUCACGUUGCAGAAUUUGUCGUUCAUCACAUCAUACUCAUUUACACAAAUUUACAAAUACUUUGAUUAAUUCAUCAAUUAGUUGUCCAAGUAUCGCAAUUCAAGAGCAAGGACAGCUACAACAACCUAACAGCGCUGUAACAUCAUUAUUAAUUCAGUCUUCAAAAAGAGCAAUUAUUCCUACUGUUUUGGUAUUUGUGAUGGACAAGUUUGGGCUUAAGCAUCCAGUGCGCGCACUUUUAGAUUCCUGUUCCGAAUUAAACUUUAUUACAGAGGAAACAGCCAAAAUAUUGCAUUUAAAAUGGCAAUACUCUACUCAAGAAGUCUUUGGUAUUUCCAAUUUGAAAACACUUUUCAAUUAUAAUGUAUAUGCAACUGCGCAUUCUCGCACGUCCGAUUUUGAAUGGUCUUCUCAGUUUACAAUUACGAAAUCUAUUUCCUCCGUAAAUCAUAGAGCCUACAUUAAUGUAACAAAAUUUCAAAUUCCUACUAAUAUUCAAUUAGCGGAUCCAUUAUUCGAUAGACCUUGUCAAGUGGACAUGCUGAUUGGUGCAGAAAUCUUCUUUGAUUUAUUACUUGAGGGCAAAAUUUCGUUAGGCAAAGACAUGCCAUAUUUAAUUAACACUGUUUUCGGUUGGGUAGCAGGAGGCACGCAUAGUACAGACUUAUGUUCUAAAUCAUUUGAAUGCAACUUUACUCAAAAAUCACACAAUGAAGAUACAUUUCUUGAACGAUUUUGGGAAUUAGAAGAAUACAAAAUAAGCUCCCCGCAACUCAGCGCAGAGGAGAAAAAUUGCGAACAGCACUACAUCAAAACAGUAACAAUCAGCGAAAAUGGGCGAGUUCAAGUAAGAUUACCUUUUAAAGUCAACCCCGAUGUUUUAGGAAAAUCAUUUCAUCUAGCUAAACAACGUUUUCUUUCACUGGAACAUAGGUUGCAACGAGAUCAAGUUCUAUACAAAAUGUACUCAGAGUUCAUGAAUGAAUAUGUAUCAUUAGGGCAUAUGUCUAAUAUAAAAGCAGUAGAUUUCUCGAAGCCACACUAUUUCAUACCACACCACUGCGUUUUAAGGCCUCAAAGUCUCACAACAAAGCUUCGAGUCGUGUUUGAUGCUUCAGCAAAGACUUGCUCUAAGUAUUCUCUAAACGACACACUUAUGGUUGGACCGACUAUUCAACAAAAUUUAAUAACUACGCUCAUGGCAUUUCGAUUACAUAAGUAUGCAUUGACAGCGGACAUUGCAAAAAUGUACCGCCAAUUUUUGAUGGACAAACGUGAUAGAUGGUUUCAGUUAGUGUUGUGGCGAGAUAAUCCUCACGCUGAAUUACAGAUUUUUCAAUUAAAUACAGUGACGUAUGGAACAUCAUCCGCUCCGUUUCUGGCUAUUCGAUCGCUCUUUCACAUUGCAGACAUGCAUAUUCAUAAAUUUCCAAUUGGUGCUUCUACGUUAAAAACAGAUCUCUAUGUUGAUGAUCUUCUCACCGGCGCUAAUACUAUUACUGAACUACUAAACAAAAAAAUAGAAAUUACAAAUUUACUAUCAAAGGCUGGAUUACAACUCGCAAAAUGGAGUUCUAAUUGCGACAAAGUAGUGUCGAGCAGUGAUGAAAGUUUCAAUAUCAAAUCUAGCGCAGAUCCCAUCACGAAGGCAUUAGGCAUGGUUUGGAAACCAAAAACAAAUCGUACAUCAGAAAUUCAAGAAAUGACCAAAAACAUCAAAUGGCAUCACGUACCAUCUAAAGACAAUCCUGCAGACAUUGUUUCUCGCGGUAGUAAUGCUGAAGAAUUACCUAAAACAAUAUGGUUCAGCGGACCUGCAUUUUUGUAUUUACAUACAGAUAAAUGGCCGUCACGUAAAAUUGAAUUUUACGUAUAUGUACUUAUAUUUUUCGAAUUUUUAACAAAGAAUGCCCUGACAAACAAUUAA